UUGUGUUGUCAUCAAAAUUUGACCAUUAUCUAAAUUUCUAUUCACACAUUCAUCCCGACUAAUUUUCCGACGGAUCUAAUUUGUGACUGCCGUUGGCUCACUGUGAUUUCAUUCCAAACAAAGGAGUACCACAAUCAAAGAGAAAAAAACUAGAGAAACGACCGUUUUUCCGUCGUCAUUUCAUUUUUUCGGGGGAUAUAUCGAUUUGUGAAAGUGUCGGUGCCAAAGAAAUGUGCUAAUCGAUUGUUGAAAUAGAAAUUUGAUUUGGUUUAGAAAAUUGUAGCAAAUAAAUCCGUUUAAGUGUUGUCUCUGUAUUUGAUUUUAUUUUAAAACACUAACUACAAACCAUGGCUGGAGGGAAUAACAAAAAGCAACAAAAGCAACCGAAAGUUGCCAAGAAAUCCUCUCAAGAUAAAUCACAAAAGAAAGGAAAAUCAUCAACGAAAUCAUCGUGUUGCCCAUGGUUUUUCGGUAUUGUGUUGUUGCUCGCUGCAAUUGGUGGACUUUUAGCAUACGAUACACAACGUAAUGAUGGUGUUUUUGAGAAGUCAGCUGCCGGUAAAUUUUUGAAAGAUACCGGAGCAUUGCCAUACGUUGAAGUUGCCUGGACAAAAUCAUUGUCCACCAGUGCGCGUGGCUACCAAUGGGCUGAAGUCAAUGUACCAAUCUACGCUAACGUCACCUAUGUUGCUCUUAAGCCAUACGGUUUAUUUUUGAAAGAUUUUGGAAUUGUUGCAUUGAAUGGAGCUAAAAAUGGAUGGACUGUCACAAAAGAAUAUGUUUCAGCAAAAACACCCGUAGUUGUUAAUUUCAUCGAACAGUAUGCACCUGGUUUACCACAAAAAAUUUCGGACUCAUCGAUUUCAACGUGGAAAUUCAUUUCUAGCACCAGCUGUACUGUGUACUCAAACAGCGUUGAUUUUCUUCAAACAAAAGUUUUUGUCGGACAACUUUCACCCGAAAAUCUAGGCAAAGCUCUUAAUCAAACACAAAUCGCCGUAGCCGAUUAUUAUAGUUGGUUUCAUAAAAAAGUGGAUAUUUAUGCUAAAAUCAAGUGAUAUGGAUACCUCAGUUAAAGCACAAACCGAAUAAAAAAGAAGAUGAAAAAAAUACACAACGUAAAGAGAGAAAAUAUGAGAAAAAUUAGCUUAAAAUUCCAAGACCAUCAAAUCAUACAAGCACACACAUUGCGCGCAGCAUCAACAACAAUAACAUUCUGUAAUUUGGAUAUGAAUUAUUUUUUUUUCUUCCUAUCAAUUUCUUUUCUUGUUGAAGGUAUUUUCAAGAACACAAUCGAUUUGUGUAUCAGCUAGAGCAAUAUUACAUAUUGUAUUUAACAAAAUGUCAUAAUUGUAACAUACAAAAAAAAUACACGAAAUAAAAACUACAAAAAAAUUUAAAAAUGA